UCGUCAUUUUUGUUCUUCAAGAUUUAAAUCAAGAUGAUUGUGAAGAGUGUGAGAGCGACUCAAGAUCGAGUCUCUGAUCAUGAUCAGAUUAAGAAGCCGGGGGAGGAGCUGUAUUCUCCCAAGACAGUCAUUGAUUCGGGUGAAUUCGGAGAAAAGAAGGAGGUGUUGAAGUCGUGGACGGAGGCUGAGGCGGAUAUGGAGAGCGGAGGAUCAUCUGAGGAGGUUGAGUCACCGAAAUCGGUGGCGAUAAGGGGGAGGAGGAGAGGGAAGGUGCGUAGUCAGGUGGUGAAAAUCAUAGAGGAGGAUUCACAUCUUGGAGAGGAUAUCCGAGAGGGUCUAAGUGCCAAGGAUAGGAUUGGCGCUGGAUUUUGUAAUGAUAAUCGAUCUGUGAGGAGGCCGGUGUUGGAUUUUGUUAUUUUGUCAAGGCCGAUCUUGCCUAGCUCGCCUCUGGGCGGCAAGACUUCCCCUUAAGGCCUUGCACUGAGAAUUUAUCUCCACCGCGGUUACAGUUGUUGCCUACUAUCAGACGAAGUGAGGGGAGAGGUCGAGUAGAGUUGCAGAGAGGCGUUGGCUUCUUUUCAAGUUUCUUUCUUUAGAAGUUUGCGAAUUAAGACCAUGAGACAGGGAGUUUCUUUGAGAAACCCCCAUCUUCUGUAGAGUCAAUAAAAACUAAUACGAGAUUGACAUGAAUAUCUUAGGCAAACUGGAAAAAAGCAAAUGAAUUUGAGUCAGAUGGGUACUGUAAUUAACUGCCAUAACCUAUCAUUUCAUA